ACAAACAAACACAAAUUCAAACAAACACACACAUUUGAGCUGAAAAAAAAUUUAAGCCAAGUAGUAUCAAUACAUAAGUGUUCUAAUUCGUACGAUAUCAUGAUGUCUUCCUUACUUGAAGACCAGAAAAAUACCAGCAUCGCUCCCGUCGAUGAUGAAGAGGUCGUCGUGAUCACUGAAAAAUCUGAAUUUCUCCCCAGCUCAGAUAUUCCGUCAACGACGGCGACGACAGAAACCAAGACUAAAAAUAAAGAAACGACCAGUUGGACGAAGAGUCGCUACGCCGGCAUUAUUCUUGCCGUCUUGUCUGGUCUUUUGUUUACCUCGACCGGAAUUAUUGUCAAAUAUUUGAAAGGGUACCAUGUAUUAAACGUGGGACUCUUCAGGUUUGUCGGUAUGUUCGUACCAGCAAUACCACUCGUUCUCAGAGCAUGCCUGGAUAAAAGGAACAACAUAUUUGAACCAAUUUGGCCACCAACUGACCGGAAAAGAUUGGGCAUGAUGAUGUUGCUUUUCGGCAGGUCAAUUUGCGGAUUUGCAUCAAUAAUGGGUUAUUUUCUUUCCGUGCAAUACAUCCCAGUUGCAGAUGUUAGCGUCAUCGGAUCAAUGUCGAUGGUUACGGUGGCACUAUUAGCACAUAUCACGCUUGGCGAGAGAUGUGGUUUGGUCCCAAUGUUGUGUGCCAUUCUGACGCUGAGUGGAAUUGUGUGCAUUGCCAAACCACCAAUUAUCACGGGAAAAGAGGAAUAUGAUAUGGACACAUUGAUUGGAACUGGACUAGCCCUUGGUCGGAUGGUCUUUGCCACGGUUGCGAUUGUUUUCGUGCGAGGAUUGCGAACCGUUAAUGGGCCUUUGGUAGUAUUAUCUGUCGGAUUUCUCCAAUUAGUCCAAAAUGUUGUAGCAGUAUUGAUUUUGGACGUGUUUGCCUUGCCUAGUGACACCUUGACCUGGGUGCUGGCGGUCGGUGUGGGUGCACUUUCCUUCGCGUCACAAAUGACAUUGACAUUGGCUCUAAAGUGUGAAGAUGCAGGACCAUUCUCCAUUGUCAGGACGGCAUCGGAUACCUUGACUGCUUUUAUCCUUCAGUUUCUCAUAUUUGAUUUGGUACCAGAUUUGUUCAGUAUCGUUGGUGCUGUAAUAAUUUCUCUCGCCGUUGGUCUAACCGUGCUUCGUAAAUGGGUUAGUUCACUUCCGGAAGAUGGUCAACGUAAAUCUCGAAAAAUUGCUUCGUUGCUACUGAAGUAAGCAGAUGCAUUUACAGCGUAAUUAGACGAAACUGAUAUUUUUAAGUAUGUGAAAAAAUGCAAAUAGCUAUUUAUAAUAAACACUCUCAGGAAUAAAAGUAUUGUUC